AUGCACAAGUCGGGGAGAGAUAUAGGAAUGCAGAGGUGCCCUCCUCUGCCUGCCGCUGCCAAAGAUGCAUCAACAGAUCCUGUCCGAGUGCUCAGCUGGCUUUGCAGAGACCUGGAAGAAAGUACGGCAGGGUUCCAGGACUCGAGGUUCAAGCAUGGAGAGUCAUCAGUUAUGGAGGAAGUGCCCGUCCCGGGAGACCAACGCAAAGGUUUCUGUGCCGACUAUUACAAUACCGCCCACAAGGGCAGUCCAGGGAGAUUGCAUUUCAAGAUGACUCACAAGGAGAUCCCUUCCCAAGGCCCCUGUGUCCUAGCUGGUAAUGGGAAUUCCAUAGAUGAAGUUUCCUUCUAUGCCAACCGCCUCACAAACUUAGUGAUAGCCAUGGCCCAGAAGGAGAUCAAUGAGAAGAUCCAUGGCUCUGAAAACAAAUGUAUCCAUCAGUCGUUGUUUAUGGGGGGUGAGCCCACGCCCCACAAAAGCUUGAGUAGUGUAGCCUCUGAGCUGGUGAAUGAGACCGUCUCUGCGUGUUCCAAGUACAUCACUGGUGACAAAGCUCCAGGCUCUGGAGACAGAGCCUUGGGGUCAGGACAGAGCCCUAGUCUAAGAUACAAAAGCACUUUGAAGAUCAAGGAGAGCACCAAGGAUGGCAAGUGUCCAGAUGACAAGCCUGGUUCUAAGAAGUCUUUCUUCUAUAAGGAAGUAUUUGAAUCUCGGAAUGCAGGGGAUGCCAAGGACAGUAGAAGGUCCUUUCCUGGAGAAAGAAAGAUAUUCAGGGGCCAGGACAGAACUGAUGACUUUACAAGCUCUGUCAGUCAAGGGAUAAUGACCUAUGCCAACAAUGUGGUAUCUGACAUGAUGGUAUCCAUCAUGAAAAUCUUGAGGAUCCAGGUGAAAGACACAACCAUUGCCACUCUUCUGAUGAAGAAGGUAUUGAUCAAGCAUGCAAAAGAGGUUGUCUCUGAUCUUAUCGACUCGUUCAUGAAAAACCUCCACAAUGUCACAGGGAGCCUAAUGACUGACACUGACUUUGUCGAAGCCGUGAAAUGAAAUUUUUCUCAUGGAAGCCAAAAGGCCACAGAUAUCAUGGAUGCCAUGAUGGGUAAGCUGUACAGUGUGAUGUUUGCCAAGAAAUUCCCUGAGAGCAGGAAAGCCAGGGACAAGUCUGAGAGCUAUUCCCAUAUCUCCAUAAAAUCACGAGGUGGUGACCCUAGGCAACCAAACCUGAACUUUGCGAUGAAAUCAGAAUCAAAACUGAGAGAAUGUUUGAUUGCUGCAUGCAAACCAGAGAAAGACAAGAUAUGUGCUGAAACUCUGGGCAAGCACAUUACUAAGGAGGGACUGAGCAUGUGGCACAAAACUCAUCAAAAAGACAAUUGUAAAUCUCCUGGCCUUGAUCGUGCCGCAAAGCAGGGUGCCCCUCAUCAGCAAGAGGUUUCCUUUGAGUCUUCAGACUCUUGUGACUUAAGCUCUCCUCCACAGCAGCCAGAGACUUUUGAAAAUUUUAUGUGUGAAUCAGACUCCUGGGCCAAGGACCUGAUUGUGUCAGCCCUGCUUCUGGUUCAGUACCACCUGGCCCAGGGAGGAAGAAUGGAUGCUCAGAGCUUCCUGGAAGCUGCUGCCAGCACCAACUUGCCCGCCAACAAGCAGCCUGUAGUUCACGAUGAGUCCAGACUUAAGUCUCCCCCUAAGAUAUGUGACCAAGAACAAACAGAAAAGAAGUAUAUGAUGAGUGUCAUCUUCAACUUUAUCCGGAACUUACUCAGUGAGACCAUCUUCAAGGGUAACCGAAGUGAAUCCAAGGGGCAGAAUGUUAAGGAAGAAGAAAUCAAUAUGUGCAAAAGGCCUGUGACCCCUCCUGCCCCGAAAUUCUGUGAGGAUGAGGAGUCUGGUGGUGCCUUUUCUGGACUAACCAAGAUGGUCGCCAACCAGCUAGAUGGCUGCAUGAAUGGGCAGAUGGUGGAACAGCUCAAGGACUCUGUGAUGAAGUUAUGCCUCAUUAUUGCCAAAUCUUGUGACUAUCCCUUGGCAGAGCUGGGAGAUGAAAAGUGUGGGGAUGCCAGCAGGCCAAAUUCUGCCUUCCCAGAUAACUUAUAUGAAUGCUGCUUACCAGUCAAGGGCACAGGGACAGCUGAAACCCUCCUACAGACUGCCUACCAAGCCAUCUACAACCAACUGAGAGGUUUGUCAGGACAGCCGCCUGAGGGAUUCGAGAUACCCAAGGUCAUCGUCAGCAACCACAAUCUGGCUGACACUGUUCAGAACAAGCAGCUGCAAGUUGUCCUACAGUGGGUAGCUGCCUCAGAGCUCAAUGUCCCUAUUUUGUACUUUGCUGGUGAUGAUGAAGGAAUCCAGGAGAAGCUGCUUCAACUCUCAGCCACUGCUGUGGAGAAAGGCCACAGCGUCGGGGAGGUUCUGCAGUUGGUGCUGAGGUAUGAGAAGGAGCGACAGCUAGAUGAGGCAGUGGGAAAUGUCCCGCGACUACAGCUGUUGGACUGGCUGAUGGAAAACCUGUGA